AUGUCAAGCUCUCAUCAGAGUCACUACUCGCCACUAGGCGCCACCUAUGGAGUAAGGAUUGACCAAUUCCUCGAAACAACGGAAGAUUUUGACAAAUAUCAUGCGAAAUUGAACCGCAAACUGCAGAAGCUAAGGCACCAUUGUCAAUUGACAGUCAAGGACACCAAGCGGUAUUCUACGAAGGAAAAAUACUCGAAAAUUACGCCGACGGACUAUGACACGAAAAAUAAGCUUCUGGGCACCCUUAUGUUGCUACAUGCAGAGAGGGAUCUUGCCCAUGGAGAGACGUUACGUUUGAGGUCUCGCCAAAGAGGCUCUUUGAAGAAAUCUGAGGCCAAAGUGGUGGGCACAAGACUUAAAAAGGCAUUUCAAACUUGUGCGCGACUCUUGGAACUCACAGCCAAUGAGCAGAAUCCAUUUACGCGUGUUGAGUAUCUCAUCUACUAUAAAUUGGCCCUUGUGAGCUAUCUCAGUUUUGGAAAGCAUUCUAAGGCCAAACGUGCGGCCUCUGCGGGACAAAUCGCCAAGGAACUCAGUCUGACGUUUUCUGCCCUUCAAUUUUUGCAGCAAACUGAAAUUCUGAGCGCCGUGAUCGUGGAUUCCAUAACAUCUCGUUUCGAUUACCUUUUGAGACAAAGCGCUAAUACUGGAGUGUCUUCUUCGAAGGCACUGCGCAAUUUUGUUGCAAAGCAGGUGUGCGACCAUGCUGAUGACCCUCUCAUCACGCUGCUCUCUCAAAAUGGCUUUGAAAUGCCCUCUUUGUCGGAAGAAGGUGAUUCUGCCACCACUACAGUGACUAAAGUCCAAUGGCGAAGAUUCACCGCUGAAGUUACAGACUCAAAAGUGGCUGAGCUGAUUGCCGAAGCCGGUGCAAUCCAAACCUCAGAUUUGUCUCAGUUCAGCGAAAAACUCGCCAAAUGGCAGCAGGCACUGGAAUUACAACAGCGAGUGCUGGAGCAAAAGCGAGACGAUGACACCGGUGAAGCCACCGGCGAAGACGAUGAGAUUUUGUUGACUUACAUCCAGUACAACUCACAUUUCACCACAAUCGAACGUGACGAUAUCUUGUUCCGCAAAUUGUGGUCGCAGUGGAAACUGUCAUCCAACAAGACUAAAAAUGUAAGAAUAACCAAGGUCAAGGAGAUCGAGCGUAUUGUGCAUAACAUCACUACCUAUCUAAACCAGGUGAUGGAAUUACCUGGUGUCUAUUCUGACGACACCCUGAUGGCAAACCUAAAGCUGGCUACCGUUUAUUAUCAAGUACACCUUUCUGCAGGAUGUUUGGCUUCCUUCUACCAAAGCCAGCAAAAGUACUUAGAGGCGCUUGCUUUGUACGUCGAUGGUCAAAAGGCAUUAGCCUUCGGUAUGGAAGAUACGUCUUUUGAGGAAAGUCUUCCUGGAGAUAUUGUGAAUGCUACCAAGCUUACUGAACUAGAGAAUUUCAUUACGACUGCGUUGAAAAGUGUUGUCUCACUGGCCGAAUAUGAGAAAAUUGCUACUCCUGGUGAGCGGGCCUCUUUCGUGCCUUCCUUAGUGGAGAAACUGGACAAACACAUCGGUCCUAGUGAUGUCAACUUGUCAAAUUUGUUUCCGUUGAGACCAGUCAUUAGACCAAUUACUGCAAAACCUGCCCUUUUCGAUCUUGCAUUCAACUAUAUCACCUACGAUGGUCAACCCAUGGAUCAAGAUAUAGAUGUGGAGUCAGAAACAGCUUCUGCUAAACCUGACGAGCAAAAUCAGACCGGUCAGACCGGCCAGACUCAAAGUUCUAAGAAGAAAGGUCUGUUUGGCCUUUUUGGACUCUGA